AUGUCCGUUUCGUCGUUCGCUAAACCAAAGAUACAACAGCCAUCACGUGAAAAAGUUGAUCGAUUACUAUUAUUCUCAAAAUGUGUAUUUUAUGUUGAUUGUGAAAGUGAAUUGGCUACAGAAAAUUAUGUCGAACGAUCACUACGACUUGGUAAUAUUUUGAAAGAAUAUGGUGCACAAAUAUGUGAUGUUCCUUCCGAAAAAACAACAACACAUAUCAUUUUUAAGCACGGAAAAUAUGAAACGAAAUUAUUUGCACGAAAAUAUCAUAUCCCAUUAAUUGAUCCGAAAUGGUUAGAUUGCUGUGUAAAAAGAAAACAAAUUAUUAGUUACCGAAAAUAUCAAAUCCCGUUGAAUGACAUUAUCAUUGGAAGUAAAGACGAAGAAAAUGAUGAAAAUAAAGACAUUACUGUUUUACCAGAGGUAUUUUCUUUGACAAUCACACCCAGAAACGAAUUCGCAUCUGAAAAACUACAACAUCUUCAAUCCAAUAACUUUACACCAAAAAAUAAACUAUAUGUCGUCUCUACUGAUGCAAAAUAUUCAUCGAUUGGUAAAAAGAAACUCUUUACACCAGUUCGUGGUGAAUUCGAUAAUUUACCAAAAGAUCGCUAUUUUGAACAAGUACAGACGAUUACCGUUGACGAUAUUAUUCCACCAACCCAAGAGGAAAAUGAUACUGAGCAAGUUUUAAUUAUUAAUCGUUAUGGAGGCAAUGUUAUCCGGAUUAAACCGAUUAAAAAUGAAAAAGUCGAAUCCAUUCUAAUACCACAAACUUCGAAUGAUUCUUUAAGUAUUGACCAAAUAUCUGUCAUAACACAUGAAGAAAAUGAUAAACCUCAAUGGAAUGACACAAGUAUACCACAUGAAUUUUAUCGAAAUAAAUUGACAACUGACCACGUACAAGAUUCACAAGCAGAUGAUACAAUCAUCAUUCUGCCUUCACAAGAUGAAAAUCAAUCGGAUAAAUUAACGUGUUCAUCUUCACCAGUUCACUUUGGUUAUUUUAACGGUGAACUUUUAUCGUUGCUAGAAAAAGAAAUGGCUUCAAAUCGUUGGCCUUUUCAGCCAUCAGCCAUAAUGAAUACAGACGACUUGAUUUGGUCGUCAAAUGAACAACUAUCUUUCUCAUUUCCGCUUAAACCGCAAUCGACUCAAAUUAACGAACCAUUACAGUGUAGCCGCCCUCGCUCACCGACGUUUAACAGAACACCUCAGGCAAGACGAAGAAACAAAGAAAAUCGUCGACCAUUAUCAAUGCAAAAAAUUUCUACAAUUGAACAACAACCAUGUUCAACUUUUUUGUCAUUGACAAAUGUCACACCAUUAGCAAAAGAUGUCUUGUUUGUUUUAAGUUCAAUUGAUGAUGAACUAAAAUCUGAUGCGCCGCGUAUACAAUCCCAGUUAAGAUUAAGUUUAGAAGAAGAUACAAAUUAUACUCAAUCACAAAAACAACAACAAACUGAACAAGUGCAGACAUCGGCAACCCAAAUUAGUGAACAACAGCAAUCGUCACCACCAAUAGAAAUAAAUCAAUACCAAGCACAAUCUCUCAAUGAAGAUGAAGUACAGGAAGUAUUAGAAGCUCUCAACAGAUCAUCUCAAACUGAUCAUAACGAUACAGCUGAUGAUCAGCUUGGACCAAUUCAUGUUGUAUUCAAGACGAAAAGACCAUUUCGAACUGAACAUGUACCAUAUCCACCACCGUUAAUUUCGUAUUCACAAGCUAUUCGAGAAAAAGACCAACAACAACAUGUUCGAGAAAAUACAUUGACGAAUACAGCAUUGAAAAGUCUUCCAAGAAAACCUGCCAAUUAUUCUUUUGUAUUAAGUGGUCUUACAGCAAGCCAAUGUAAUAAAGUUCAAAAUCUUGUACGUAAGAUGGGCGAUUGUUAUUUACAAACGUAUGUUGAUUUAUCUACAACUCAUGUUAUUAUGAAUUAUGAAGAUGAUAAACCUCCCGAAGAACAAAUAACAAUGGAAAUUAUUUUGGCUAUGUUAUAUGGUUGCCCUAUUGUAACAGUCGAUUGGAUAGUAAGAUCAGUUAAAGUUGGUGAAUGGUUAUCGUGUAAAAAAUAUGAAAUCUUAUUAAAAAAAGUUCAGUCAGUUAAACUCUAUAAAAAAGCACGUCAAAAUGGUAAACCAAUAACUUUAUUUCAAAAGUGUGAAGAUAUUUAUUUAACAUCAACGACAAAAUAUCCGAGAGAUGAUUUAUUAAGAAUGAUUAUUUUAUCAGGAGGAAAUACAACUGUUUGCCGCAAUCGUGCCAGAGUUGUUGUUGGAAAGUCAUCGAAACUACUCAAAGUUAUUCCAUAUCCGAAUGUGAAGGAAGAAUGGGUCAUAGAUAUUGGUGUAAUUAUGACGUCAAAAGAUUCUGCUUUCAUUGGUAUCAGACUGGGUGCUAGUAAUAUUUCAGUAGCUUAUUACAAGGAUGGACGAAGUGAAACGAUUGUCAAUGAACUUGGAGAUCGUUCAACACCCACAUUUAUCACUUAUAACGAUAACGAUAGUGUACUUGGUUUACCGUCGAAACAAGGCCUUACCAGAAAUCAACAAAAUACAAUUAUUUGGUCACCACAUUUCAUUGGAUGUUCUGAAAGGCGAAAUGAAGAAUUUCUUACAUGUUAUAAACAAACAUCUCCAAUUGAUGUGACGGAAAAUGAUAAUCGUGUGACAUUUUCUUUGACACUUAAUGGAAAAUCAAAAUCAGUCGAUCUUGAAACAGUUAUUACAGCAUUUUUUCAUUAUAUUAAACAACUGGUAUUGUCUGCCACAAAUUUGAAAGAGGUACAAGCAGUGUUAUCAUCGCAAUAUAACAUGAUUGAUGAUCAAGAUUUAAUUCGAAUAUGUAUAAAAAAGAGUGGUAUAGAGUUGAAAGCAAUUAUACCAGAUGCCUGUUCAGCGUGUUUAGCCUAUGAAUUGGAUAAAGACAGCGGUCAUGUAGAAAGUAAUGUGCUUAUUUAUCGACUUGGUGGAUCCACAUACGAAUGUUCAAUAAUACGCUCAAUCGGUGGUUGUUUGAAAACACUUGCCUCCCAGUAUGGCUAUGAACAUUCGGGUGAUCGUUUUACCGAUGUUGUUGUUAAUAUUAUUGCUGAUGAAUUUCAAAACGAUCCUAGAAGUGUAUCGCGUUCACUUCUUAAACUUCGCGCGUGUGCCGAACAAGCCAAACACAUUUUAUCAACAACACCUUCGACACAGUGUUCUGUUGAUGCAUUACACGAUGGAAUCGACUUAGACAGUUCAAUAAGCAGGUUGCGAUUUAAUGGUGAAGCAAAUUCUCUUUUUCUUGAAUGUAUGAAACCAAUCGAUUAUGUUUUGGAAAAAGCGCAACUGCAAGCAGAUGAUAUCAAACUAAUUGUUCUGUGCGGUGGUGGUACAAAAAUUCUUCAAAUUCGUGAUUUUAUUCAACAAAAACUACCAAAUGCCGAUAUGCUUUCAUCGAUUAAUGCCGAUGAAGUGAUCGCACUUGGAGCUGCGCGACAGUGCUACAUUCAAAAUAAAUACAGAAAUUCAAAAGUAUCCACAUCCCAUGGCAAACGGUCUUCUAUACAAAAUGGCGAUGAUGUUACGAUCGAUGAAUUUGAAUGUGUUGGUGUUCGAUAUUUUCGUUCCCACCUCGAUCAUACAGGCGAGCAAAAUGGCGAGGCAACCGCAAGUAAUAAAGAAGAGAAAGAAGUUUUAAGUGAUAGUGAUGCCGAAGAUGAUAAUGAUAAGGACGACGAGCAAGAUUUGGAUAUUGAUUGGACAAAACACGAAACAUAUUUACGUAAAUUAGAUGUAAACGAUUGGAAAGAUCAAGAUCACUAUAAAGUUCUCGGUUUAGCAAAAUUACGUUAUAAAGCUACACAAAAACAAAUUCGUGCGGCACAUAAAUUAAUGAUAUUAAGAUAUCACCCUGAUAAAUCCAAACGUAUUGAAAGUGAACGUUUUUCAUUAAUAACACAUGCUUUCGAGAUACUCUCAAAUCCACAACUGAGACGAGCAUACGAUAGUGUCGAUCCAAAGUUUGAUGAUACCAUACCAGGCUCAACCGUUUCCGUUGAUACUCAGACAUUUUUCGAUAUAUUUGGACCAGUAUUUGAACGAAACGCAAGGUGGUCUAACCUUCAUCCAGUACCGUUGUUAGGAAAUAUUGAUUCAUCUUUUGAUUACGUUAAUAAAUUUUAUUGUUUUUGGUACGAAUUUGACUCAUGGAGAGAAUAUUCUUAUCUAGAUGAAGAAGAUAAAUCUCAAGGUCAAGAUCGUGAUGAACGACGGUAUAUUGAAAAAGCAAAUCGUGUUGAACGUGUUAAACGUAAGAAGACAGAAAUGCAACGUAUUCGGUCGUUAGUAGAUAAUGCGUAUAAAAAUGAUAUGAGAAUAAAAAAAUUUAAACAAGAUGAACAACAACGAAAAGAUGAUGAAAAACUGCGAAAAAAAACAGAAGUAGACAAACGUCGACAAGAACAAAAACAACGUGAAUUAGAUGAACAAAAACGUAUUCAAGAUGAAAAACAACGACAAGAUGACGAGGUGAAGCGAAAACAAGACGAACUAAGAAAAGAAAAAGAAAUACAAAAGAAAUUCAUUAAAAAAGAGAAAAAACAACUGCGUGAUUUGUGCAAAGAGCAUAAUUAUUUUAAUGAAAAAGAGAAUAAUUUGAAACAAAUUGAACAGAUUGAAUAUCUAAUUGAAUGUUUGCCGUUGGAUCAAUUAAAAGUGUUGAAUGAAAAAUUGAAAGAAGAAAAUUGUGAUAAAAAACAACUUAUUCUUACUGAGAUUCAACGAAUAGAAGAGGAAAAAAUUCAACAAAAGCGAGCAGAAGAUUUACAACAGCAAUCAACAGCUUCAGCUUCGGCAAGUUCAGCAGUCAAUGGAACACUUUCUAAAUGGUCUCCAGACGAAAUCGAAUUACUUGUUAAAGCUUUAAGGUUAUAUCCGGCUGGUGUACAAAAUCGUUGGAAUGUUGUUUUAGAAUUCAUAAAACGAGGUGGCGGUAGUCAAAAACGGACAGUACAAGAUGUUAUGCAAAAGGCAAAAGAUAUUCAAAGUGGGAAAAAAGAGUUGGAAGAAGUUGUUCAAUCACUUGAUAAUAUUACAUUAAGAUCACAUAAAAAUAAACAGCAACAACAACAUAUUAUCGAUGAACAACAACCGAGUGAGCGCGAUGACGCAGUAUUAGAACAACAGCAACAAGCGUGGACAGCUGAUGAACAACGAAUAUUUGAACAAGCAUUACGAACAUAUCCAAAUACAUUGGGCCCAUCAAGAUGGGAUAAAAUAGCGGAAUGUUUACCAAAUAGAAGUAAAAAAGAAUGUUUGGAAAGAUAUAAAGAAUUAGCACGUAUAGUACAAGCUAAAAAACAAAGUGAAGCAGCUGCGACAGUGAAAUAG